CCACUCAUCUAAAUCUGGUGCUUUUAGCUUCUCUUUCCUCCAGCCCUCCGAAGCGCUCCUUGGAAAAACACGGAGCAUCUUAGGGCUCCUCCGUAGGGUCAUUUCUCUUAAUAUUUUUCCCCUAAAAAAAUUCAGUCACGGAGAUCGAGAAGAGGGAUGGAUUUCGGUUCUCCUGAUAAGAGUUUAGAAGAGACCAGCCAAGAAGAAGGGGCUCAAUAUGUCGGAGAGCUAGACCGUAACUUACUUGAUAACAAGGAUGAAAAGGAUGGAAAAAGUUUUCAAGGUGAAACUGAAGCAUUGGAUUUUAGUAUGCAAGGUUACACAAAUCAGGAGCAUGCUGGAUUCCCUCUGUUAUGUGGUAAUCCAGCUUUUCUAUCACCCGUAGAGAAAGCUGAAGAAACUUGUUUGCCAGUUGAGUUAGAUAUGCAACAUGAAGAUUUGGAGAGGAAGAUUACAGACUAUACUGAUGAUGGAUUGAAGUCCACAAUCAAGGAAUAUGAAAACCAUGAUAAAAUGCAAGGGGCUGACUAUGUUAGUCUUUCUGGUGAGCAGGUUGAUAAAAGUGCUAGUGGAUCAUCAAAUAUACUGGAAUCUAGAAAUUCAGAUCCAUGCUUUGAUAAGCCUGUCUUAUCAGCUGAUAACAAUGAUAAUUCUUAUGAAGUAGUGGAUGAUGGAACCUAUGGCUAUCAAAGUGCAAAGUCGCCAACUUUGAUGGCAACAGAGAAUGGAGAUGUUCGAAACAUAUCAGGGAAUUCUCAAUCUACAAAGGGUGAGCUUGGCAAUGAGGAAAUGAAUCAUUUGAACUUUAGUCAUGUUAUUGAAAUGAAGGAGAAUGACUACCCUGUGGAGACAGUAGCUUCCAAUAAUGAUGGGAUGGUAAGGAAGUGCAUUGGUCUGCAUUCUCCUAGAAAAGUGCAAAAUAGUACACCAUCACCGGAGAGAAAUAUGUCUGAUCCUAUGGAAAGGUCUCCCAACAACCAACCAUCUGCAAGUCAAGAGCCCGCCUUUCCGGAAAAUAAUGAGAAGAAAUCAGCUCCUGCAAUCCCAUCUAAAAGGAAACGAUCACCUUCUCCUGAAAAGCAUGCCGUGGUUCAGAAGAGAGCUUCUUCCCAUGAUCGUUUAUCUUCUUCUGUAAGAUGGAAAUCUCCUUCAGGAAGGAUAACACAUCAACAUUCUCAUCACAGAGAUGAUUCUCCAGGAAAAUGCUUGUCAGCUUCGCCUCGAAGGCGAGAUUCCCCACGAAGAAGAGAGAGAUCUGCAUCUCGAUCACCUGCGAGGAGAGAUUCUUCUAGAUCCAGAAGAGGCAAACAUGGUAGAUCUCAAUCAAGGUCUCCCAAUGCAAGGGAUUGUUAUCGAAGAUCACCAAGGAGAAGGCAUUCUCCAAGGCGCAGAUCUCCACCAGCAAGUUAUCAUUCUCGUUGUCGCUCUCCAAGGAGGCCUUGGUCACCACCUCCAAACCGCAGCACUGGAAUUGGCAGGCCUGGAAGGAAUUUAUUUGUUGCAGGUUUCAGUUAUGUUACUACUGAAAGAGAUUUAAAGAAGAAAUUCUCGAGGUUUGGACAUGUAACAGAUGUUCGCAUAGUUCGGGAUAAGAGGUCAGGGGAUUCUCGUGGCUUUGGUUUUCUAUCCUUGGAAAGAGAUGAGGAUGCUGAUGCUGCAAUACGUGCUAUUGAUCAGACAGAGUGGAAUGGUAGAAUUGUUCUGGUGGAGAAAUCAAAGACAUAUGCUCGCUAAACCCUCUAUCAUAGAUUUUAUUAUACUUGAAGAGAGAGGGAGAUAGCUGAUUUUUGUCAGCUCUACUCCAUACCGAUGUUCCUUUCGGCCAUAUGACAUUGGUUAUAAGUAUACGGCAAGUAUUACUCUAAACCAGACUCUUGAUGCUGUCUUAGGUCUAUCUUUGCUUGUUUGGUAUGGACGGACUAAUUUUGACAGAUUUUAAAUAAUCUUGGUUGUUUUGCUUCUCUGUUUAAAAAUGUGUAUUAUAUGUACUCUGUUAGAGGAUAGCUCAUGUGAAAUUCUCUUUCAGGGUACAGCAACAGUUAGAAAUGAAAGCUACUGUACAUUUCUUUUGAGUCUGGGAACCUCUUCCUUAAAGAGUACCAUGCAUUACAAACAUUGUGCAUGAUUUGAACCUGCCAACUCGAAACUGGUUAUCAUGGGCAUCCUGAUUUUAUAAUAUAAUAUCCAGUGCCUUCAAGACUUGCCUGAAUUGGCUUAUUGGCUAUGUUUAAAUUUGUUGAAUCAAGCUUGAUGUCCCCCUAUCCUUCUUUGUUUUGGCACAUGUCUGUGCCUAUAUGUUUUAUCUCAACCCAUGGCAGCUUUUCCCCAACCGACCGUGGUCGAGUUAGUGUGCACUUCCAGUUCCCUAGCAUGGCUUCUGAAGCUUGCCUGCACAAAACAUCAACUAACUCUGCUGUGUGAGCUAAUGGCUUGUACUUGUCCUUAAUAAUACCACAAGCCUGAUGACCUGAACCUUACUUUUGUUCAAGCACCGUUAGCACUUGGAAAUGUCAGUCUUAUGUGGUACAAAUCAUGGUUUCAAAACUAAGCAUCAUGGAGAUAAGUUACCGUUCUAAUCUGGCUAUCUGGUCUUGUAAACUGGUGAGAGAAAAUGUGACGGUUGUAGAAAUGCUUGGUCAUAACCUUUUUUCAGGAUCCUAAGCCCAACAGUAUACCUUACGAAGGUUUCUUUAGAAUGAAAUGAUUUUUCUGCAGAGUUUGGCAGAAAUUAAUGUUUUUAUGUGUGUACAACAGCUUUUAAACUCAUUUUAGGAGAGAACUUUUGACAUUCAUAGUGAUAUUAGGCUGCUUUUUCUAGGUGAUAGAAGAGCCAGCCACUAUUGUUCUCUCUAUACAAUGAAUGCAAAAUUAGCACGACUCAAUUCUGUAUCUUUUUAAAUUGUUUAAAAUGUGAUGGGAAUCAUCGUUUCAC